GGGGCGGCGCGGCGGUACCGCCCGGCAGCGGGAGGCCCCGGUGCCGCCGGGCCUGGGCCCUCGCGUCCCGCGGAAGGCGGCCAUGUCUACCGGCGAGGUGGAGCGAUUGUCGGGGGACGUCGGCGGGGCUGCCGGGGACGAGGAGGAGGAGUGGCUCUAUGGCGAUGAGAAUGAAGCAGAGAGACCAGAUGAAGAAAAAACUAGUGCUCCACCCCCACCUGGAAGUGAAGAAGAAGCUGCAGAAAAUGGCGUUGUGAAAACGAAGGUGGCAGAGGCUGAGGAUGAAAGUGAUAGUGAUAGUGAUGAUGAUGAAGAUGAUGUUCAAGUCACCAUAGGGGAUAUUAAAACAGGAGCUCCACAGUAUGGUUAUGGAGCAGUGCCUGUGAAUCUCAAUAUUAAGACAGGAGGACGAACUUUUGGAUCUUCUGGUGCAAAAGUUAAAGGGGUGGAUCUAGAUGCCCCAGGGAGUAUUAAUGGUGUGCCACUUCUGGAAGUAGAUUUAGAUUCUUUUGAAGAUAAACCCUGGAGAAAGCCAGGGGCUGAUCUCUCUGAUUAUUUCAACUAUGGGUUCAAUGAAGAUACGUGGAAAGCUUACUGUGAAAAACAAAAGAGAAUACGAAUGGGUCUCGAAAUUUUACCAGUUACCUCAACCACAAAUAAAAUUACGGCUGAAGACAAUGCUAUGGAAGUAAGACCAAGUGCAGAGAUUCUCGAUGGCAGAUACCAUCUUUUUAAGGUACAGCAGGGCAGAACUGGAAAUUUGGAGAAAGAGUUGGCCGUGCAGUCGACCAAAGCUGAUUUCACAUCUCCUCCUGCCUUAUUCAAAUCAGGAAUCCCAACAAACAGGCGAUUACCUGGCGCAAUAGAUGUGAUUGGACAGACCAUCACUAUCAGCAGGGUAGAAGGACGACGGCGUGCUAAUGAAAACAGCAACAUACAGGUUCUUUCAGAACGAUCUAAUCCUGAAGUAGACAAUUUUACCAAGCCACCUCCAUUUUUCCCUCCAGGAGCUCCACCUACCCACCUUCCACCACCUCCUUUUCUCCCACCCCCUCCAACAGUCAGUACUGCUCCACCUCUCAUUCCCCCACCAGGUAUACCGAUAACAGUACCACCACCAGGCUUUCCACCACCACCUGGCGGUCCUCCACCUUCACUCAUACCCACAAUAGAAAGUGGACAUUCUUCUGGCUACGAUGGUCGUUCUGUUCGUGCGUUUUCAUAUGGCAGUGAUAAUGAAGUGGAGCUCAAAACAAACGAUUUAUUGAAGGCUAUGUUAUCAUUGGCUAGCAAAGCAGAUAAGCAGAAAGUGAGAAGUCCUCUGUACUUCACCUUUCCGCACCUUGCAGGUUCUGCUCCUUCCUGGUCCAGCCUGAUGGACACCAGCAAACAGUGGGAUUACUAUGGGCGGAGAGAGAAGGAGAGGGAGCGUGAGAGAGAGCGAUCCCGAGACAGGGACCGGGAUCGGGACCGGGACCGAGACAGAGACCGAGACCGAGAACGCACCAGAGAGAGGGAAAGGGACCGAGAUCACAGCCCAACUCCAAGCGUGUUCAACAGUGAUGAAGAACGAUACAGAUACAGAGACUAUGCAGAAAGAGGCUAUGACCGCCACAGAACAAGUAGAGAGAAAGAAGACCGACACAGAGAUAGGAGACACAGAGAGAAAGAAGAGACCAGACACAAGUCAUCUCGAAGUAACAGCCGACGCCGUCACGACAGUGAAGAAGGGGACAGCCACAGAAGGCACAAACAUAAAAAAUCCAAAAGAAGCAAAGAAGGAAAAGAAGCCAGCGGUGAACCAGCUCCUGAACAGGAAAACACUGAAGCUGCCCCUGCAGAAUAGGCUUGUGUGAUUUUUGCCUACUUGCAUAUAUAUUAGUGCCAGAAAUAGAUUACUAUAAAUCUUGUUAUUUUUCUGGGUAUUAAAAUAAUUUUCUCUUAA